GACGGAAACGACGGCCCAUGGUCAACCUUCACCGUCCAAAUCGGAACGCCUCCUCAGAGCGUCAGGCUCUUGAUCUCAACCGCAUCUGCGCAAACUUGGGCGGUGGCAGCAGAAGGAUGCGGGUCCGGUGAUCCCACAAACUGUGUACAAUCACGCGGUGGGAGGUACGACUACAAUGCCUCCUCAAGCUGGGUCCCGAAUCUCGCCUCCGCCUCAAAUCAAAUAUACUUCCUCACGCUGGAGUCGAACCUGGGUUAUGAUGGAAAAGGGAGAUACGGCUUUGAUGAUAUCACCCUCGGCUUUCAGGGAGAAGGGGGGGCGAGCUUGAAAAAUCAGACUGUCGCUGGCAUUGCGACGAAGCAGUAUUACAUGGGUCUGUUUGGAUUGGCUCCCAGACCGACGAAUUUCUCUAGUGACGGUGCUGCUAUUCCGAGCUUCAUGGAAAAUUUGAGAAGUCAAGGGGAGAUUCCUAGUGUAAGCUGGGGCUAUACUGCAGGGAACCAAUAUCGUUUGAACCAAGUCCUAGGAAGCUUGACUCUUGGGGGCUAUGACGCUUCAAGAUUCAUCCAAAACGACUUUUCGGUUCCCUUCGCACCAGAUGCCGACAAAGACUUGACCGUUCAAAUCGACAGUAUUAGCACCGAUAAAGAAGUGUCUCUAUUGUCAUCUCCUAUCAUGACGUUCCUCGACUCAACAGUCCCGUAUAUCUACCUCCCCACCUCCGCUUGCACACUCUUUGAAAAUGCAUUCGGCCUCGUCUGGAAUGACACUGCCCAACUCUAUCUUGUAAAUGCAACUCAACACUCACUCCUCCAGGCCCAAAACCCCAACGUAACCUUCACAAUUGGCAACAACUACACUUCUUCCAAAGUCAACAUCACCCUCCCGUACGCAGCCUUCGAUCUCACUGCUUCAUAUCCUCUCGUCAACGAUACAUCGCGGUACUUUCCUCUCCGUCGGGCUAAUGAUAGUACGCAAUAUACCCUGGGACGAACCUUCUUCCAAGAAGCAUACGUGAUCGCCGAUUUUGAGCGAAAAAACUUCUCUGUCUCGCAAUGCAAAUGGGUUCAAGCGCCCCAGAACAUCGUGGCUAUCCUCCCACCUGCGGAUAGCGUAUUAGGGCCCACUUCACAGCAUAAAUCACUUUCCAAGGGAGGCAUCGCAGGGAUUGCAGUAGGGGUUGCUCUCAUAGCUCUGGCAGCCGUCCUCCUAUGGUUCGUGUGGUGGAAGCCACGACAGAGAAAGCGG